AGCAGCUGUCUCCAAGAAAAUCAGCCAGGUAGAGAAACCUGAGGAUUUUCCCCUUUCAGAUGCUCUUGUGAGAAUCGACAGGAAGGGAAUCAUCCCUGAUGGCUCGGUCCGGCAAGGAAGGGGUUAAGUCCCCAGUCCUCCCAUUCUGAAGUGAUUUACAAUGAUGUGUAGUGUUUCAAAACUUUCCCCAGCCCAAGCACAACUCUCUCCCUUCUCACCAGGUUCACUGACUCUCCCUGUACUGAAAUGGAAGGAGGCGUGUUUUGCUGAUCUGGUAAAUUCUUAGUGAAGUUUUCUUGAUUUCCAGCGGCUGCUGUUGUUUGAGUUUGGUUUGGAGCAAACCUGAGGUAGUCCUGACAUUUCUGGAAUGGAAUCCAGAUGAGGAAGAAGAAAUCGGAGGAGACGGAAGAAAGAGGAGAAAAGAAGGUGGGGAGAAAUAAAGGGAGGAGAGACGGAAGGAAAGGGGGAAAACUCCCUUUCCCUACAUUCGCAGUCCCGGUUUCCCGCAGCCUGGAAAACAUAUUAAUCCCAGUGCCUUGACGCUACGAAACAAAGGGGCUCGGCCAGACUGUGUGGGGAAAGGGAGAUAAGAAAGAUCUUGGAACUCCACAGAGGGCAAGAGUGAGAUUCAGAAAUUCCUAGGACUUCACUUUACGGAAAACCCCGGUGGCAGCAAAGGACCAACUCCCACAGACCCAGGAGAAACUACAGACAAAUGGAGAUGCGAACCAUCCCCCGGAGGAAGGCAACUUUCACCUUGUCUCACUGGACCAGAAGGUAAAAAGACACAGCCAGGCAGGAAAAGGAUCGGUCCAGCUCCACAGGCUGAGCUUCCUGGGGCCGCUUUCUCCAACAGAAGCUGCAGCACAUCCCUUUUGUAUUGCUCACCCUCUACGAGACGGAGGGCUGGGAGGAAAAGGAGUUCAUCUAGGAAACUGUCCUGGGGACCAACCUUUCCAUUUCUCUGGAAAGCCUGCGCACUCCACCUCCAUGAACCACGACUGGGUAACACAAUGAUGUGGAAAAUGGGACCGCAUUUCACCAUACUGAUGGCCAUGUGGCUGGUGUGCAGAUCAGAAUCGCAUUCUCCUAUCUUGGAUAGAGACAGUCACCCAGUGCGCAAAGUCUCUUUGUCCUCGCCAAUCAGCACUAGGUCCGCCCGAUAUCUGAGGCAUGCGGGGAGGUCCGGUGUAACUGAGAAAUCCACUCAGGAAGAACCAAAUCUUCAGCCUUCCCAAAGGAGGAAGAGUGUCCCAGUGUUGAGAUUAGCUCACCCGACCGUGAGGCCAACCCCCUUAGGUGUCGAUGGAGUCCCAGUCAGACCUGAAUUAAGACCAAUCGCUAGGAGCUCUCCGCGUGAGAUGGUCCGUGAUGAGGGGUCUUCUGCUCGGUCAAGAAUGCUGCGUUUCCCUUCUGGGUCCAGUUCUCCCAAUAUCCUGGCCAGCUUUGCAGGAAAGAACCGGGUGUGGGUCAUCUCAGCCCCUCAUGCCUCAGAGGGCUACUACCGACUCAUGAUGAGCCUCCUGAAGGAUGAUGUGUAUUGUGAGCUGGCGGAGAGGCACAUUCAACAGAUCGUGCUCUUCCACCAGGCCGGUGAGGAAGGGGGCAAGGUACGAAGGAUCACCAGUGAAGGCCAGAUCCUCGAGCAGCCCCUGGACCCCAAUCUCAUCCCAAAGCUGAUGAGCUUCUUAAAACUGGAGAAGGGCAAGUUUAGCAUGGUGCUGUUAAAGAAGACUCUGCAGGUGGAGGAGCGCUACCCUUAUCCCGUCAGGCUGGAGGCUAUGUAUGAGGUCAUUGAUCAAGGCCCCAUCCGCCGGAUCGAAAAGAUCAGACAGAAGGGUUUCGUCCAAAAGUGUAAGGCCUCGGGCAUAGAGGGCCAUGUGGUCCAGGAAGGGAACAAUGGUGGUGGAGGAGCUGGAAGCACGGGCCUGGCCAGUGAGAAGAGGAAAGAGGACCCAAGAAGAGUACAAGUCCAUCCUACUAGAGAGCCACAGAGAAAGCUGGUCACCACCAAGGCAGCCACUCCCCAACCUACCCCAACCCCAAGGGCCACCACUCUUCUUCCUACUCCAGUGACAAUGGUCACUCGUGCCACAUCCCGGAUGGUGACAGUAGCUGCAAGACCUACAACCACGACUGCCUUUCCAACCACCCAGAGGCCCUGGACAUCCCGGCUGCAUCCUUUCUCAGUCUCCCACGGGCCUCCUGCAACAACUGAGGUGACCACUGCCAGGGGCACUUCCGUUUCAGAGCAGCUCUACCCUCUGUCUCGGAAGGAGCAACAAAGGGAGAAGCCACAGGCCACCAGGAGGCCCAGCAAAGCCACCAACUAUGGGGGCUUCACAGCAGCCCCACCCACCACCCUCUGGGAGGGCAGCACAAGAGCUGUGGGUACAAGUCGUUUCCGCGACAACCGGACAGACAGACGAGAACAUGGCCAUCAGGACCCAAAUGUGGGGCCGGGCCCUCACAAGCCCGCAAAGGGGAAGCCGCCCAAAAAGAAGGACAAAAUUCUCAGCAAUGAGUAUGAAGCGAAGUACGACCUCAGCCGGCCCACGGCCUCUCAAGGGGAGGAGGAACUGCAGGUGGAUAAUAUUCCCUCCCAGAAUGCAAAGGAGUCGAAAAGGCCCGAAAAGCUCGGGAAACCUGAGAAGGAGAAGAAAAAAAAGGGGAAGGGUGUGAAACCAGACAAGCUACUCAAGAAUGAAAAGCAAGCGAAGAAAGCCGAGAAAAAGAGCAAGCAGGAGAAAGAAAAGAACAAGAAGAAGAAGGCUGGUAAGCCAGAAGAGGAUGGCUAUCAGAAGCCCACACCAAAGCAACUCACACCAAGCCCCAAGAAGUCAGUGAGAGACCUGAUGGGCGCUUUCGAAGGCAAACGAAGACUCCUUCUGAUCACCACUCCCAAGGCUGAGAACAGCAUGUAUGUGCAGCAGCGGGAUGAGUAUCUGGAGAGCUUCUGCAAGAUGGCUACCAGGAGGAUCUCUGUGAUCACUAUCUUUGGUCCUGUCAACAACAGCACCUUGAAGAUUGACCACUUCCAGCUAGAUAAUGAGAAACCCAUGCGUGUGGUGGAUGAUGAGGACUUGGGAGACCAACAUCUCAUUGGCGAGCUGAGGAAAGAGUACGGAAUGACCUACAAUGAUUUCUUCAUGGUGCUGACAGAUGUGGACCUGAGAGUCAAGCAAUACUAUGAAGUUCCAAUAGCAAUGAAGUCUGUGUUCGAUCUGAUCGAUACUUUCCAGUCCCGAAUCAAAGACAUGGAGAAGCAGAAGAAGGAGGGCAUAACCUGCAAGGAGGACAAGAAACAGUCCCUGGAGAAUUUCCUAUCCAGGUUCCGAUGGAGGAGGCGGUUGUUGGUGAUCUCUGCCCCUAAUGAUGAAGACUGGGCCUAUUCACAACAGCUCUCUGCCCUCAGUGGCCAAGCAUGCAAUUUUGGUCUUCGUCACAUAACCAUUUUGAAGCUUUUGGGCGUUGGAGAGGAGGUUGGAGGCGUCUUAGAACUGUUCCCAAUUAAUGGGAGCUCCACUGUUGAGCGGGAAGAUGUACCAGCCCACUUGGUGAAAGAUAUUCGCAAAUAUUUCCAAGUGAGCCCAGAAUACUUCUCCAUGCUUCUAGUUGGAAAAGAUGGGAAUGUCAAAUCUUGGUAUCCUUCUCCUAUGUGGUCGAUGGUCAUUGUGUAUGACUUAAUUGAUUCCAUGCAACUUCGAAGACAGGAAAUGGCCAUUCAGCAGUCACUGGGAAUGCGCUGCCCAGAAGAUGAGUAUGCGGGAUAUGGUUACCAUAGCUACCACCAAGGCUACCAGGAUGGCUACCAGGAUGACUACCGUCAUCAUGAAAGUUACCACCACGGAUAUCCUUACUGAACCCUAUCCUCAUCAAGAUUCCCCUUCAUCUGCUAACGCUGUGUGUGGCGAGCUACAAAAGGGAAGUCCUCCAUGCUCCACACCCCCUGCCCUUUUCUUUCAGUGUUCUUCCAAGAUUAAAGGAAUAGUAAACUUUCCCCUACUCAUGAGUUGUUACUGAGGCAUUUAACAGAAUUCUCUAACUUGAGAACAGGAUACCUGGUGCUAAAUAAUUGUACUGAAAAAAUAGAUCGUAUCUUUCUUUUCUUAUAAUAGCUAUAAUUUGAUAUGCAAAUUUUAAUAAAGUGUUUAUAUAUCUUUUCAUCAUUUUAUAUUAAUUUGUAAGUGAAACCUAUGUUAAAGAUCACAGUACAGAUGUUUUCAGAAAAACAUCUGGAUAGACACAGAAGACAACAGAUGCCUUUUUCUCCUUUUAUAGUUCUGACUGAUCUAGAACUCACCAUGUAAACUGGUUCAUACUCACAAGACUCCACUUGACUCUGCCUCCCAAAUGUUGAGAUUGAAGGCAUGAGUCACCCUGUCUGGCUACAGGUGGCUUCUAAAUACUUUAAAUAUCAGCCUAAAAUUAUUUACAGCAGUUCUUUACCAUAUGAAAUUCUUUUCUGAAACCUGGUAACACUAGAGUUAUAUUGGCCUUCAACUAUAAAACAAUGUUCAUUAUAAAAACACAAUUGUCUAACUUGGUAGCAUUUAUGAAGCUAGUCUUUCUAGCUUUGAGGAUAAAAUAUUAAAUACAGAGGUUCUUUACUGAUGUUGAUUUUUUUGAGGGUGACUGAAGCCUUUCUUGGCUCUCAGCAGUCUAGGGGACAAGGUGCCAAGAUGGCCAUCAGAGUCACCUCUCAAAUUUGCUGAAAGGAGUGAGUAAAAUGAAAUUAGAUUUAUUGAGUAAAAGUGAGAGAGAUUCCCAAGAAUUCCAGGGUGGGAGGGGGUUUUGAGAGACAGAAAACGGCUUUGACUUUAUGGAAUAUUGUUAAUGACAACUCUGAAAAUUCACUUUAAGAAAUAAAUUUUGUUAUUAAAAAAGA